AUGCUCGCCACUACCGAAGAUCUCCAAGUGUCCGUCCGUCCGGACCACCAACGACGAAGCUACAGUGACAGCUUCAAGCCCAAAGUCACUCCUCCCAAACACAACCCAGCCCCAAAGGUCAAGAAGGCGCUGAAGCAAGCCGCUUGUUUGGACUCGGCGGACGAGAUUCAAGUCAUCGACGAUCAACAAGCUGCCAUUCCCAUCCGUGCAGGCGCGGAUCAUCGACAGUCCGAUCGCCAUUCGGACCUCGACAUUGGCAGCGUCCAUCUGCGCAAGCGAAGGUCAUCGCCGCUCUUCGAGAGGCGCAAGAGGGAUGACCUCGAUCUGCUCGGCGACUUCAGCGAGAGCAGCGACGACGACGAGGACGAUUAUAACGGGGCCCACGAUCAGGACCGCCGAGGCCGAGGACGACGCACAAAGCCACUUCAGCACUCAAGGCAGACAUCGCCUUCGCAAGAACAGCAACACUAUGACUACGCAGCAGUCGGUCGCGGUACCUACUCGCCGCAGCUUGGUCACCACCCCACUCGUGGCUGCAGCCCUCACGGUCGCCAUACCUGGGCUCAGCUCAACGGCGACAUCGGGAAAGACGUCGAUCGACCUUCUGUGAAGGACUUCAAGAACACACGACGAAGCCCUCGCAUGCCUCCAGCCUUCCCUUCCGGACUGGAGCACGAGGCUUUGGUCUUUGACAAUUUCGAGGACGUCAGCCCGUGCUCUUCGAUCUCGGAGCAGGAGCACGAGCAGGAGAGCUACGACCCCUUCGACGCUCAUCUGCAUUUUGUGCGGCCCGCCAUGCCCAUCUGCACCAAUGCAGGGGCCUUUGCUGCCCUGGAACCCUUUGCCACUCCUGCUAGCUCUCCGCGCGACUCAUUGCACGAGAGCCGCGAUGCAGAAGGGGCGUCUGGCACGCUCAAGCGAUACCGCCUUGGCCACCACCGCACAGUGAGCGACGUGCUCUCUCCUACGUCGUUCGCCAGUACCAUGGAUGCAAGAAGCAUUCGUCGCCGUGCCACGGUUGGGUCCGAGGCUGCUUACCGUCUGCCGACUUUCGACCGUCGUGCUUCGUAA